AUGGGUAGUGCCCAACAGGAUGUCGAGCUCCAGGACUUUGGGAGCAUAUUCAGUCUCGAAGGCAAGGUCGCUGUCGUGACUGGAGGUUCGCGAGGACUAGGACUGAAUGUCGCCUCUGGAUUCCUGCAAGCCGGCUGCUCCAAGGUCUACAUCACUUCCCGCAAGGCCAAAGCGUGCGAAGAAGCCGUUGCCGCCCUCAAUGCGCUCCCCAACAAACGACCUGGCGCAGUCGCCAUCUCCAUCCCCGCCGAUGCGGCCAAGAUCUCAGAAAUCGAACGUCUCGCGGCCGAGAUCGCAAAGACCACCGACCACGUCGACAUCCUCUUCGCAAACGCCGGCGCAACGUGGGGAGCCCCCUUUGACACACACCCGGAAAACGCUUUCAGCAAGGUCAUGGAUCUAAAUGUCAAGAGCGUGUUUUAUACCGUGCAGAAACUCGCCCCGCUAUUGCAGAAGAACGCAACCACAGAGAACCCCAGCAGAGUCAUCAUAACUGCAAGCGUCGCUGGUAUCGGCGUUGGCACGGUCGGCGAAAACUCGACACCCGCCUACGCGGCGUCCAAGGCGGCGGCGAUACACCUGGCCAAGAACCUGGCCGUCGAGCUCGGCCCCCGAGGAAUCAUCACCAACGCCGUCGCCCCCGGCUUCUACCCCACCAAGAUGGCUUCUGGCCUGCUAGAGUUGCAGGGAGGACAGGCCGCCAUGGCAGCCGAAGUACCGAACAAGAGGCUUGGGCGUCCUGAGGAUAUUGCGGGUUUGGUGGUCUUUUUGGGCAGCAGGGCGGCGUCACACAUCAACGGUGCCGUCAUCACGACCGAUGGCGGCGCCAUUCUCGCACGGGGCAGGCUAUAG